AUGCAUACCCUAUUUACCGAUCAAAAUUCAUUUUCCCGUCAUUACGCCCAAACCGCCGGUUAUCCUUCAACCGCAGCUGCUGCUGCCACAGCUGGAGCCAUGACCACGGCAUCGGCUGCCGCUGCUGCCCAUUAUGCCUAUGAUCAAUAUUCCCGUUAUUCAUAUCCUGCCACAGCCUAUGGCCUAGGAGCUCCUCAUCAAAACAAGGAAAUUGUCAAACCUCCCUAUUCCUACAUCGCUCUAAUUGCCAUGGCCAUACAAAAUUCCGCCGACAAAAAGGUUACUCUAAACGGCAUCUACCAAUACAUCAUGGAAAGAUUCCCCUAUUAUCGUGACAACAAACAGGGAUGGCAAAACUCGAUACGCCACAAUCUCAGCCUCAACGAAUGCUUCGUUAAGGUGGCCCGUGACGAUAAGAAGCCGGGCAAGGGUUCCUAUUGGACUUUGGACCCCGAUUCCUAUAACAUGUUCGAUAACGGCUCCUUCUUGCGUAGACGUCGCCGUUUCAAGAAGAAGGAUGUCUUACGCGAAAAGGAGGAGGCCAUGAAACGCCAGGCUAUGAUGAAUGAAAAACUAGCGGAAAUCAAGCCUCUGAAAAUCAUGACUGCCAAUGGUUUGAUUGAUGCCAAGCACAUGGCUCAUGCCCAUGCCGCCCAUCAUGCUGCUGCUGCCCAUCAUGCCGCCGUUGGUCAUCACUUCAAAAAGGAACCUUUGAGCAUGGAUUUGGGUUGCCUGACGGGCAAGGAUAGCAUGGCUGCCGGCUUGAGUGUUCUCAAUUCCUGUCAUGACAGUCUGGCACAAAUGAAUCACUUAACUGCCGCUGGGGCUGUGGAUCACCCCGGUUUUACUGUCGAUUCCCUGAUGAAUGUCUACAAUCCUCGGCUACAUCACAGCGCCUAUUCCUAUGCCCAUCAUCCAUUGAAUGAUGAGAAUCUUAGUGUGGCUGCCUCCAAUCAAAUGCAUGCCGCUCACCAUGCUGCCGCUGCCCAUCAUGCCCAACAAUUGCGCCAUCAUCAUCAUGUUCCGCAUGGCCAUCCGCUAACACCCGGCGGUGCUAGUCACAAUGGUGUACAAUUGGGUGGCAUAAGUUCGGGUACAACCACAACCACCUCAUCGGGUAACUCGCCCACAACCAUUUCUACACCUCAUGGUCCGGCUCAUGGCGGUUGGUAUACCCCCGAGACACCACCCUCAGAACCCUUGAAUAAUUCCUCAUCGGUCAAUGGUACACCUACCCAACAGACAAAUGGCAAUAACACCAGUUUGGGUAGCAACAACAAUGGAGGCCACAAUUCAAAUAAUAACAACAAUCAGCAGCAUCAUCAUCACCAUUCGACGGUAACCGGUAGCCCCAAUUCCCUGUCAGCGGCCGGUCACACUUCCUUGGGUUUUCGUGAUAUGAUCUUCGAACAGAAUCAAGUUUGUCACAUGGACACCGGCAGUCCGGCGGGUAGCAUCCAAUCGGCCAGUCCACCAGCUCCUGCCGUAUCAAGUUCAGCUGUUGCCUCAUCGAAUGUUGCCGCUGCUGCCUUAAUCAGUUCGCAUCAUCAUCACCACCAUCAUCACGCUCUAAGCGGGAAUUUGGGAAAUCUCGGUAAUCUAAGUAAUCUCUCGCACUAUAGGUCACAUGUGGGUCAUUAUCAGGAUUACGGUAUUAAAUAUGGAGUUUAA